CUAGAGGACAUGGACAUCCCACAUCGCACCAUGCUCACAGACCUCAUUAAGGAGCAUUGUGCAGUGGACUUUGGCGCGGUUGUCGAAGAGCUGAAGGUCAGCGAGGGCCGCAUUUCGUAUACAUCUGACCUUUGGAGUAAUCUCAAGCUCCUUGGCUUUAUGGCAAUUACAGCACACUAUAUG